AUGCUGAGCACCAUCGCAACGGAGGUCUCCUCCUUUUCUGUUGCACCGCCACUGUCGGUGGUUGGCUCCGGAGCCACUGGCGGCGUGGGCGGCGACAGCAGUGUGGUGCCAAUGACCGGUGCUUUCCCUUCGAGGCAUACCCGUAGGCGCACAAGCCGCUUGACGGUGGGAAACGACGACAGUGUCAACCAGCACAGCCGCACCACCUCGCACCUCCGCACGCCGAGCGAAUGCAGCUACGGCAGCUCCUCCGCGCGCACCCUCCAGAGCACGUUGGUGACCACGCCAGCCGCGAGCCCGCUGGACAGCACCAUUAGCAAUGGUGGCAAUCUUCAGCACCACGGGAACGCUCACCAUCACAGCCGUGACGGCAGGGGUGGUGCCGCUCCCCUUUUCUGCUCGUCGUCUUCUUCCUCAGGGGGUAAGGCGCACGUGGUGUGCGUGGCAGAGAAGCAGAAGAAACAGCUUGCUGUGUACGUGGUUGACCGCGUAUCGACGUCGGCGUCUGGCGCGGUGAGCAGUGUGCGGCCAUCCGCGAAUGAGCCCACCGAAGAUGGUGGUCUCGGCGGCAGUGCCGCCCUCAGCACUGCCACCGCCAGGUCCUCCCCACCGCCGCGUGUCGUGCUGCGCCAGCACUACGUGCUGCCGGAACGGGCGCAGUGCGUACUCAUGUGUAGCCCUGUCCCCGCGAUGCGCCGCGGAGCUGCUCUCCCUUUCGCCGGGCCUGUCGGCGCUCUCACUAGCGACGGUGUGCCCCUGCUCGCCGGUAGUGUGGAGGCUGGACUGAGCGUGUGCGUCGGGAUGCGUCGCGAAGUGAGCUUGCUGUCUCUCAUCGGGGGCUCUACGUGGUGUGUACUUCGCCUCGACGGCACCCGCCCGCCUCUGCUCUCCGUCGGGAGCGACCACAACACCUUUCUGGUUCGGACGCAGGCCCCGAACACCGUCAUGGAGGUUGGCGUGCCGUCAGCUGCUGCGAUGGCGGGGUGCGUGCAGGACGGCAAUGCAGGUUGGAAGACAAGCACUGCUGCUGCAGCGGGAGCGAACCCCAUCUUGCUGCGCGCCGGUACCGCAAGGGGCGCCGCAAUCGCCUCCGAGACGACCUCUGCGGCUGCCCGAGGCGCUGCCUUGCGCAGCAAAGACGACGAUCUCGUCAUGGGCGACGUCUUCCAGGCAGACACCGCCGUUGAGUUCGUGCUGGCUCGCUUUCCUCACAUCUUUCUCUUUACGGCGCACCACUGCGACGUCGUCUCCCUCCUCGAGUACGGCGCAGGCGUUGGUGCCACCUCUAGGAAUCAGCGCGUCCCGCUGCCAGGCAUUCGCUACGGCGCGCUGCGCGGACAGGGCACAUCUGUUUUUGUGGCGAGCGACCGGACGGUGUGGAUGCUGCAGCUGAACCCGCUGCGCGUGCAACUAGCCGAGAUGGUGGCAGGCGGUAACAGCGAAGCCGCAUUCCAGCUCUUGGCGUUCCAUCGUCGGCGCGCUGCGGCGGUGGCGCGCAACGCCGCAGCUGCCACCGACGCAGACGACGCACUGCGCGCCGUCGAGUCUGACCUGCACUGCAUGGCCGGCUUUGCCGCACUUCACCGCGGAGAAGUUGCCGAGGCCAUUCGCUUCUUGCGCGACCACGUGGACCCGCGGGAGGUGCUUCUGGCACUCCCGGAGUGCAUUCCUCCGACAAGAGCGACACCAGCGGCUCACGACUUGGGCUCCGGGGCCCCAGUCCGACAGGCGGGUGUCGAUGUGUACGUGCUGGACCACGUUGUCACGAUUUCUUCCGAGGACGUGUACGAUGCGCUCUUGCGGCAAAGCGCCGUGUCGGCCGGCGCCGAGGCCGCUGCAGCGCAAGACACAACCGGCACCCACCCUUCCUCGUACUGGGACAGCUGGCGUGGGCCGUGCGUCUACAACAGCUUCGGCGGCAAUGUUGCGGACGCGUGGCGCGCGGCCUUUACUCCAGGGUCGUCGUCUUCGACAUCGACGGGCACUGUUGAGGACUUCGUGACAAGCCGCUUCGACCUCCUCAAGGCCGAAGUCCGUGCGUGGUUCGCCGAGGAGCUUCUAGAACCCGUAAGUGAUGCCAGUGUCAUCCCUAGUGCAGCCACAUCACCGACAGCGGCCACCCGCACCUCCAUCGACCGCGAGAGCAUGGAGUGCAGUGGCGCAUCGUUGCCCAUUGCUACCGCGACAACUUUGCUGCUGCCCCCGCUGACGCGGCUAGUGGCUCACCGUCGCGCGAUGGAGUACGCCUCCUUGGUGUUGGCGUGGGAAGCGAGGGACUACCGCAUGGCGCAUCAGGUCGUCGCCUCGGUCAGCAAAGCCUUGCGUGUGGAGGAUUGUGCUGACAUGCUGCGACAUCUUCGCGAGUACCGCUUGCUUGCCGUCCUGCAGUUUAGGACGGGCCAGGGCGAGGCCUGCCGCGCGACGCUCAGGAACCUGGUGAGCGUGUCUGCCGUGCUGCAGCUACGCCACGGCCAUGCGGCAGCUCAGACGACUCCCGUUGCAUCUCAGCUGAGUCACUGGCGUCAGUGCAUGGCAACGCUGACGGCACAGCGCAGGUGCAACGGCGUUGCGGCCCCGCAGCCCACGUGUGGCCGCGGACUGCUGAUGCUGCCGUCUCUCGCGGCGGUGGCGCGCGUGGCUCACACCCUCUUCGACAUCGAAGUCCCCUUCAAUUUUGCGAGUGAUGAUUCAGCGAGAGAGGCACUGCUGCGCGGCAUUAUGUCCUACUACGAAACGCACCACUCACGCGUUGCCACGGCCAGUGCUGCUGCUGCAGAGCACGGCGAGGCCAGCUACUGUGAACUUCGCUUUUCGGUGUGCGGUACACACUCAUCAGGUCUCUUGUCCUUUCCGCAUACAGGGCCGCUGCUGUCGACGGUGGUCGAUGCAGCCGCACCGGCGCCGGUGCCUCCACACGCCGCAGUGCAGAGCCAGAGUGAAGCGGCUACUAAACCGGGUUCUACCGCGGCCCGUCGCACCGUUGUCCGCGCUGUGCCGUCGGCUCUCACGGCGUUCUUUUACCUGGUGGAGAAACUCGACGUCGCUGGCGUGAAGCAGCUUCUGAGCCGCCAGCCGCGCUUAGCUCAGCUGAGAGAUGAGGAGGGUGGUACCGCCUUGCACGUUGCCAUGUCGCAGCUUGACCUUGUCGGUCCAGCUAGCACACGUGAUGCUCGCCCCUCUGACUCACCAGCGCCGGCGAUGUCGUUACUGCAGCUCCUCUGCUCCUUGAACGGGCUGCUCGUGCACUUUGGUUGCCCUGUUGGUUUGCUCAAUCGCUAUGGAUGGAGCUGUCUGGACGUGGCCGCCGUCGCGUGCGCUGGCAAUACGACGGCAUUCGACAUUGUAACCGCAGCGCUGCUGGCCGCCGUCGAGGUGCGUGCGGUUGCCUGA